AUGAAUAAAAUAAAGAAUUAUAUGGAUAUUAAAAAGGGUAGAAUACCCUCAAUAAAGACUACAUCACCUUCACAUAACGCACGUCGUAACAAAUGUCCUUCCAUUUUAAUCAGAGAGAUCGAGCUUCCAGAUAACGUCCACGUUUGUAAAUUAUUAUUUGAUCAUUUUAGAUCACUGACACUGCCGGCCAUAAUAUACUGGCUUGUACAACAUAUUUAUGACUUGGUCGCAAUAGUCAUAAUCAACGCCUGUUUGCUGUCAUUAUCUAACCUAUUUUACUUUUGUCUUUUGUUUUUAAUAUAUUUAUUCAUAAGGGCUAGAUAUGAAAUUGAGAAACAUAUUAAGGAAUCCUGCCCUGAUCUAGUUGAUGUGUACAAGACUUAUCGUAAUCAUAAAGGCUCAAAUUUCUGGGUAGCUUACGUAUCUGGAGAUCACGGCCCAGAUUCAGAUUCCAGAAAUGAAUCAAAGAAUGAUCACAAUGCUAGAAAGAAUAGCAAUGAUAAUCCUGAUACGGUAGAUAGGCCCUCUGAAUCAGAUGUGUUAAAUGGAUCUAAAAGAGCAACCGAAGGAAAUGAAGUAAAUGAAGAUAAUUUUAGUGAAUCAUGUCAAGCAUAUGAAAUUUUGGGAUGUGUUGGCAUAACUCAAUACAGAAAUGUUAGCACGGUUGCUCAAAUGGUUAGGCUCGUAGUAACAAGAAAGAGGAGGAACAUGAAGGUUGGAACGAGGCUUUUGGAACACUUGGAACAGAAGGCGCUGGAGAUGGGAUACACCGAAAUCAGGGUGUUCACAAACAACUUGAACACGGCGUAUUUGCAGUUCCUGAAGAUGCACAACUUUCAAAUAAUUCAAAUCAUAAGAAGGGGUCUGAUGAGAGGAGACUUGAUAGUGUGGACAAAGCAUCUAAAAGCAACGGAAUCAGUAAAAGAUGCUCAAGAUGCGGCAUUUGGAAACGCAAUGUUCAUACCGGAGUAA